AUGUUUUCAUUAAAUCGAUCAUCGGAUUUAGCUACAACUGUUAUAUCUAAUGUCAAUACUCCUUCAAAGAUUUAUGUUGACGAUGACGAAGAUGGACCAACAAUUUAUAUUUCAGUUUUCAUUGGAAAUCGAGUCGAGAAAUGGAUAAGUGGAGCAUCAAUAGGAAUUCAAAUAGGUGAUGAAUGUCGGUCGUGUUUUGGUGUAGCGGUAGAUUCAGAAAAAAAUGUCUACAUGUCAGAAGCAGAUAGACAUCGAGUAGUGAAAUGGUUAGCUCAAACAAAUUCGACAACAGUUGUCGCUGGUCAAACGGAUAAAAGGGGAACAACAGAUGAAUAUCUCAACAAUCCUGAUGGACUUUACUUUGAUCGAAGUAGCGACGUUUUGUAUGUUGCUGAUGCAUAUAAUAACAGAAUUCAAAAAUGGACAAAGAAUACUAUAUCAGGCAUUCGAGUUGCUGGAUCGAAUACAUCUGCUCCGGGUGAUGAUACUGGAUCCUUAGAUGAGCCCAAUGGUGUUUGGAUUGAUCAACAAACAAAAAUUAUUUAUGUGGCUGAUACAUCAAAUCAUCGAAUCAUGCGAUGGCUUCCAGAUGCGUCUGUAGGCGAUAUCAUAGCGGGUGGUCAAGGUUCAGGCAAUGCAACAAAUCAAUUUAAUACACCGACUGAUUUGACAUUCGAUAGUGCAGGAAAUCUGUAUGUAUGUGACAAUUGGAAUCACCGUAUACAAUUGUUUUCUAUCAUUGAUAAUAAACCAUGCUCUCCAACUUCAACACGUAAAAUUCAAUUAUAUCAUAUGACUUUAUAA